UUUACUCCUCGGCUCAGGAUUUGCUCCAUUGACUGUAGACCCUCUUGGGAGAGAAAAGUGUUUCAUUAAUAGGAAGUAUCUUAGGAUGCAUAGGAUCUUUCCAAUUCAGAAGCGGGUCAUACAGGUGAAUUUGCCUCUCUUCAACAACACUGUUGUUCAGCCUCAUUUCUUAACAAGUUCCCCAUUUUCUAUAGCUACAAAGAGAACGGAUAUUCAAGGCUUUCAGUUUCCGGUACAAGAAAGUUUAUUUGGAAUUAAGGGAAGAUUUAGUUGGAGAAAAAGUAGAAAUGAUAACAGCUUCUUGAAAGUUGCUCUCUCAUCAGACUCAACCACUAAGAAAAAUGACAUCAGUGUGCAAACUGAUGACAAUGAAGAUAAGCAACAGCCAGAUACCAAUUUUGAUACUUUAGGAGCUUGGGAUAAUCACAUGGAUCUGCCUAUUAUGAUGGAUGAAAGUAUCAAGCAUGGCACCCCAAUACCCAGGGUCACAGCUGCAGAUGUAGGAUGUUCAAGCAUACUUGGGAAGAGGACUUACCAAGAAGAUAGGUAUAUUGUUGCUGACCUUUUAAACAACAUUCUGUGUGCUGCAGUCUUUGAUGGACAUGGAGGAAGUGAAUGUUCUGAAUUUUGUGCUCAGAAUCUUGAGAGAUUAUUGCUGGACCACCUGCCUCUUCACAAAGAUCUUGAAGCAGUCUUGCACCAUACUUUCCUCAAGCUACAUUCAGAAUAUGCAGCAUGGGCAACAGAGAAUGAUAAAGGCUUAAGAGCAGGGUCAACUGCAACUGUAUGUUUACUCCGAGGAGGAGUUGAACUGGCUGUUGGUCAUGUUGGAGAUUCCCGCGCAAUUCUUUGUCGCUCAGGUCGAGUAAUGGAACUCUCUUAUGACCACUGUCCUUCACUGACUUCGGAAAAGGCUCGCAUACAACAGUCUGGAGGAAGAGUUAUUGUAGACAACAUUGGUAGACACUUAGUGAAUGAGGCGUUAAAUAUGUCUCGUAGUAUUGGUGACUUGCACUUAAAGCAGUUUGGAGUCAUAGCUCUGCCUGAUACAAGAAGUUUAAGAGUAAAGCAUGGGAAAGAUGCCUUUCUCCUUUUGAAUACUGAUGGUGUGAACUUCGUGCUGCGAAAUGAAGAGACAUGUAAUAUUAUCAACAAUGCAGAAAUUCCUGCUCGUGCUGCUGAGUUAUUGACAGAACAGGCUCUCAGCAUGUCUUCUGAAGAUAACAUGACAGCUUUGGUUAUUCCUUUUGGCUCCUGGGGAAAGUAUACCACAUCAGCAUCUAUGUUUUAUUCAUUUGGUAUUGGUAGAGAUAUGAACAAAAGCAGUAGAUUUGGUUAGGAAUUUUUGAUAGGUACCCUCUGGUGAUAGAAAUACAGUGUAGGCCUUACAAAGCCUGUUGUAUAUCUAAAUUAUUUUUCAAAUAUUUGUGUGCAUGUAAGUUUGUUUUAGGUUGAAGUGAACAAUGAGUACUUUAAAUUUUCUUGUCUUGCAUCUACCUAACAAAAUAUGACGUUUGGCAACUAAAAAGAAAUACUCAGGCCAUAGUUUUCUUACUAUAUGUCUUUACAAAUGUACACAGAGAUUCUGUCAGCUAUCUACA